CGAGGCAUCAGUAAAAACAAUAUGGCGGUGACAAUUUAGACGAUUUGAAUAAGAAAUCGCGGAAGUUCCGCUUUGUAUACAGUGAAUGCAGUUUUCAUAAUAUCUAUAAUCUUUCUUCAGUUUGUAUAAUUAAUUUUCAUUAAAGUGAAAUGUCCGAGGAGGUAGAAAACAGCUAUAAAAUUCGUCCAAAUUUCAAGGAAAAGUAAGUUUGAUACUUUGAUAUUGACAUUUGAAAACGUACUUCACAGUACUUUACAGAAAAGUACUUUUUUACUAAGCAACUUCAAGGAAAAGUUACUUUAGGAAAAAGUGCUCUAAGGAAACUUCCUGUGGUACGUAUUAUUCCACCCAGAAUUAUAUUAUAAAUAAGCAAUGUUCAACUUAAUAUUUUUAUUUGUAAAUUAAAUAUCUGCAUAAAAGUGUUUUGUGUAUAAGCGAAGUGAAGAAAACGAAUGUUCAAAAUUGGUCAUUUUGUUUUUCACCUUUAUAGCAAUUCUAUGUAAUUAGAAGGGCGAGGACCCUGGACGGUGUUUUAAGAUGUCGCUAGUUGCAUGAAUGUUAUGUUUUGUUGUAUGUCAUGUUUUGUUAUGCGUAUUGUCACUUGUCAGUUAUUUAUAAGAUUAUUCAAUAUUAAUAUUAACAUGAUUUAGAUGUAAUUAUUAAGGACUCGCCAUAAUUGGGGACACUGUGGCGAGUAUCCUGGCACUACGUACAUUGUUAUUAAUAAUAUAAAUUUUAAUAGUAGUUGUCGAACAUGUGAUCUAUCCACAACAUUUAAUAUAACAGUAUUGUUGCCGAUAUUGUGAUUAUGUCUAAUUAAUAUCUUUGUCUAUAAUGUUCAUUCUUUGUGCAUGGUGUAUUAGAUUCCGUCCAGUAACAAUAAAAUCUCUUAUCCAUGAUGUACUCAAUGAAGAACUGAGUGGUAAACAAUACAACAGUGAAGAAUGUACCACAUGGUCAAAAACUCUAUCCGAAGCUAUAAAAACAAGGGUGAAAGGUCAGUACAGUAUGUUAAUAACACACAAAUUAUAGACACUCCAAAAAUUGUAAGCAUUAAUUUCAGUCUUUACGUACAUUUUUACUAGAAUGUCAUCUUAAGAAGAAUGCCAUGUAUUUUGAAAAGCCAACUAUUUAUAAGCUAGAUGCUUGCACGUUCAAAGUUUGAUAACGUCAUAUAUAUAUAAUUAAACUAACGGAAAAUUGUUAAUUCUUUCGAUGCAUGCAUACCAUGGUUCAAUGCUGGAUUAAAACAAUGGAUAUCCAGACUGGAAAAGAGAUUUCGAAAAUUUAAUAGUAAAUGUAUAGAAAGCAUCAAAAUUGUGCACCAGAUCUAGAGAUAUCCGCCACACAAUACAAACUUUCCACACUGGAAGGAUAUGAAAAUUAAGCCUCUUUAAUUAAAUAAUAAUAAUGACCAAUCAUUAAAUUGAUCAAUUACUUUACAAUUACUAACUAUAAAUUAAAUCUACCAAACUUGUAGGAUAAUUACAAUCUAGUAAAUUAGCAAGAUGGACGAGACAAACAGAUGUCUCUAUAUAUGCAUCAAGGAACACGCUCACUGAUAAGGGACGGACCAUUAGAAAAGUGAAGGGGGGGGACAGAAAAAAUGCAUACCAGCAUAAGAGGUAAAAAUAAAAAACAUGCGAUAGAAACGUCUCAAAAAAAUUGCAAACAAAACAACAACACAAACCUUAUCCAAUAGCUCUCCACCCACAGCAAAGCUUACUGUAUAUUUAGUAUCCAAUCAAAAUGUUGCAGGAGAAAUUUAUGUUUCACGCAACAACAACAACAACAACAACAACAACAACAACAACAACAACAACAACAACAACAAUCUAAUUAUAGUUGUGACUUGAGAUUACAGUUAAAACUACUAUAAAAUAUAUCAUUAUUCAUCACAAUAGUAUAAUCUAAUUAGCACCAACCAGGGCCGUAGUUACCACGGGUGUGGUGGGUGCAACCCCCCCCCCCCCAAUAAUUACUCACGAGCAAUUUCAGGUCGAUUUCCAGUAGAUUUAAAGGGCAAAUUCAGGUAAUUCUCAGGGCAUAAAAAAGUGAACUCUAUAUGCUAUGAAUCAGAAUUAAAGUUAACAAUUGACCAACUAUUUAAAGACGUAGAGAGGCAUCGAGACAGGGGGGGACAUGACCAAAUAUGGUCCCUUUCUGAGUAAUUCUGACGAUCUGGAGACAUCAAAUUUCAAAAAUUUUCUCAAUUUUCAUAAUCACAUUAACUGUAAGUAACAAUACUUAUCUUGAAGUCAAUUGUUAGGCAAUACUAAAAUAUUGAAAUAUUGGAUAGGAAAGACUCUAAAAUGCCAUUUCCGACAGUGUAGAGACUUCAAAUAUUCAAAACAUUUUGCUUGGCACCAACCAUGGUGGCACCUCUCAAAAUCAGGUAAACUAACAUUAAGUUGGAAAAAUUCAGGUAAAUCUAACCUCACAGCCCCCCCCCCCCCUAGCAACGGCCCUGGCACUAACCAAUCAAUUGACAGAUUCACAACUGAAAUACAGUUGUAAUUAAGGCAUGGACGUUUGUUAAGGUUUGUAUGAGGCCUAUUUCUUUUUAUAGGCCUGAUUGUAGGUUAGGUAUUCCUUGAUACCUGUGUUGGUAUUUAUAAUUUUUUAUGACUAUCAUGCAUCUUGCUGGUUUUAAAGCAAUUAUUGCUAGAACGUCUUGUAAUGUGUAAGAAAAAAAUUUUCAAGAAAACAAGUUUAUUAUAUCUAUUGGGUAAAAAAAUAUGCAUGUAAGGUAAAUUAGGUAAUUAACAUAUAUCCAUAAACAAAUUGCAUACACAAUUGACAAUCUGAAAAAAUUGCAAACAUGAAAAAAAUACCCCCUUCACUUUUCUAAUGGUCCGUCCCUAAGUCAGAAAUUUUUAAUCAUAUAGUACAUAAUUGUGAUGAAUUUCAUAAUAAUUGUAAAUUAAUUGAUCGAUCUAACGAUUGGUCAUUAUUGCUAAUAGUUAAAGAGGCUUUUCAUAUCCAACGUUAAAACGAUCCAGCAUUGAACCAUAUGGUGCGUGUGUCGAAAGAAUGAACAAUUUCGAUUAAUUAUAUAUAUGACAUCAAACUUUGAACAUGCAAGCAUCUAGCUUAUAAAUAGUUGGCUUUUCAACUAUUGCAGUACAGUAUGUAUACAGUAUAUGCAUGAACCAGUUGUCCAUGAGAUCGUCGUGCCUAGAUUGUUACGGAUUACCUAUUGUAUUGAAAUCUAUUGUAUAUCACCUGUAAUACACAUGUUUCAGUAAAACCAAACGCAAUAUAAAUAUUUUCUGCAGGGCUUAAUCUAGAUAGAUACAAGAUAUUGGUGCAAGUUGUUAUUGGAGAGCAGCGAGGGGAAGGAGUGAAGUGAGUAAAAUUAAUAAAUGUUUGCAUCCAAAAUGUACUUGACUGUCCAAUUUGAAUAUGAUUACUCUCAUUUCUCUACUAGAGUGGCUUGUCGAUGUCUUUGGGACUCAGAUACGGAUAAUUAUGCGCAAGAUAUAUUUAUGACGGUAAGAAGCUAUUGUUGAUGAUGAUGAUGAUAUAGAUGAUGAUGAUGUUGGAUUUAUGAUGGGAGAGAUUAUCCUGGCAGCAGGACAAUCUGUACUGUAUGUUUGUUAGCCUAAACCCUUAUCGUUGAUGUUUGUCAUUCUCAAUUCAUUCAUGUUGCCAACAUAGAAAGCAUCCACGGAUGAUGCAUUUGCACUCGUCUGUCACUAUGUGUUUAUAAUUAGAUUUGUACCUUUUCACAUUUUCCUCCAAAAUUAGAUGUUUAAUAAGCACCACUGACCAGACUAUUUUAACCAACAUAAUAUUACUGUACUUUGAUUCAAACCAUUGUAUUUCAUUCGGCCUGACAUGGUUUUUUCAAUAUUUAUUAAAAGUUGUUAUUAUAACAAGAAAUGAAAAAAAUGGAGAGGGGGGAAUAGCUUUUGAGAAGAGCAUUCUUCUGCAUGCUUGAGUGUUUCGUUGCCUUUCUAAAGCAUUUCAAAAGAAGGAAAGAAACAAAUUGUAAAAUUUUUUAAUAAUUUAUCUUUAGAUUUUGUCUUAUAAAUUGUGGCGUAUGUUAUAUAAUUAUCUGGAUAAUACAUAAGCUGAAGCAUUAAAGCAAUGAAAUUUGACACCAGAUUUAUGACUACAUUGUAAAACACCGAGAAACUAUGUUACACUGUAAAAAUUGCCGAAAACAUAUCCUGUAGAAAUUUGUUGGCUUGCGUAAGAUGUUCCACUUUAGUGUGAAUUGUAAAUUCCAUAUAUAUACAGUGUAAGGAACUAGUCAGAUUAUAAGAGUCAGAAUACAUAGGGCAUUUUCGGUCGUAAGGAACUAGUCAGAUUAUAAGAGUCUGUUAGGCUAAGAUUUGGACCGCUUUACAUAAAUUAUUAAGAAGUGUACCUGUUUUAUGUGAAAAUGUCAAAGCAAAAAGUUCGUUUUACUGUAUAUAUGUCACGUACAUCCCACUACAUAUCACGUCACAAAUGGAAUAUUUGAAUGUCAACCAAGUUGAAUAUCUCGUGAAAGAAGCGAGAAAUUGUUUACACAAUGCAGUCAUUGAAAUUGGUGAAAUUUCUCUUUUAAAGGCAUCAAAACUUCGUUUUCUUCCUAUUUGUAUACUGAACCAUUUGGUGUGGUCGUGUAUGCUUCAAAUAUUAACAAAACUGUUGUAUAAUUGAAAACUGAGUGUUUUCUUUCGUAUAUUUGCAGGAUACUUUCUUUUGUGUGGCUUCAGUGUAUGGUGUCUAUCAUUAUUAGCCACGAAGCGUUGCGAAGAAUAGCGUUUUACAGUACCAUUUCAAGUGUCCGGCAAGAUAUUAUUAAUAAGUUUGCAUGAACGACACCACUUCAAUUAAUAUAGUUUUCUUAAUUUAUUGAACAGACUGUUGUAAUUUAUAAAUAUAUAAAGUAUAAAAUCCACCUUAUUGUAGUAUUUGUACUUACAUGUAUGUAUUGAAAUUUUUAUAAUUUAUAUUAUAGGGCAUACUGUAAUUAUUCAUCAGGUGUAACAAGUUCUAUUUGUUUUUUUCGGUCGUAGUGUAAAACAGAAAUGAGUUAAAUAAUGGUAAUUCAAGUUUGAAUCAUUAUCGUUGUGUGUGCAUUGAAAGAAGUGCAUAAAAAGCAG